AUCAUAUAAAUAGAAUGUUUAGUUUAUGAUAUAAGAAUAAUAACAUAACCUGGUAUAAAUACUAUAAGAAAUAUAAGCAAUGUACUGUUUUACAAAUUCAUCAUGAAAAUAUAAUUCAAAUAUUCAAACAAAGUAAAAGAAAUAUAAAUUGCUAUCUAAUUAAAAAGAAAAUCUAAUUAAAAAGAAAAUGUAUUAAAAUUGUUUUAAAAAAUUUAACUCGAUUAACUAUAUUUGAUCAUAUGAUUAUAAUGUUUUCAAAUGUGUUUUAUAAAAGUGUAUCAAAUUCUUUUUGUAAGUUACGAAAAUUUGUUUAUCAAUCAUUGAUACAAAAUUCUAAAUAUGAAAAUCCUAUUUUUUGUAAAUCUUUUCAUUCUUCAUCAAAGUAUCAAUUUCAAAUAAAAAAUACAAGACAAAAUGAAAAACAAAAAAAUAUAAAUAUACGAUAUAUAAAUACAAAUAUACAAAAUAAUGUAAUAUUGUAUAAGAAUAAUUCUAAAAAUGAAUUUAUUUUAUUAAAACUGAUGUUUUAUGGAUGGUGUAUUUUUAGUAUAAUAUUCUUAUUAAAUACUUAUAACCCAAAAUAUAUAUCAACAUUAUUUGAAAAUAUAUCUUGGAAUGAAUAUUUCAAAAAAAAUGGAUUAAAUAUAAUAUAUUUUAUAUAUUUUAUAAUUAUUGGACCUGCUGGUACUAUAUUAUUCUAUUUAAUAAAUCAUAGAUUUAUAAAAUAUAUUAUUUUACAUAAAGGUGGUAAUAAUGUAUCAAUAAUUACCAAUCACCCAUUAAAAAAUAAUUAUACUAUGACACUUCCUAUUAAUAAGAUAAAAAUUAAAAUUGCAAGAGAUAAAAUGAAGAAUUAUUUACCUAUGAAAAUUCAAGGUAAAAUGUUUUAUUAUAUUAUUGAUAGCAAAGGAACAUUUUUAAAUGAAAAAUUAUUUGAUUACACAGUUGGAAAAGCAAAAUAUUGGUAAAAGUAUAAUUUAUAUAUGUAGAAGUUGUAUAAUUUAUAUAUGUUACAAAUAAAUUAUUAUGAAUUAAA